UGUACUGUACCUUCACCAUCUCUGAUGUAACGUGGAAGCAUACCACCCCCAUCUUAUAGCCGAUAGAAAGCAUGUCUAAGUAUCGAAUCGCUUGAGAAUCUGCUUCUCUUGCGUCUCUUGCGCCUUGCCACACUAUGUCUUACGAGUCAACCGAAGCGGAACAUGUCGGCUAUGCGUGCGCCGCAUUGUCGGUUCUCAUCCUCGCCAUCCGAAUCGUCAUCUCAGGAUGGCGUCGCGAGCCAUUCGACCUCGGCUUCUUCCUUGUCGUGAUGUCGAUGCUAGUCAUCAUCGGCCGAAUCGUCGCUAACAAUUAUUAUCUGCAAUUCGGAACCGCCAACGACGUUUUGCACAAUGGCAUUGUUCCCUCUAGCGACGACGAAUAUCGGUUGAAGGUUGGAAGUAUUCUGGUUCUUCUGGCAAGGGUCCUGCUUACUGCGGGUCUAUGGCUACAGGUCUGCCUUCUGCUGCUGUUUUACUCGCGCAUUACUUCCGGCAUCACUUGGGCGAACCGGCUCACCAAGAUAACCUGGGCUACUUUGGGAAUCACCUUCGUCGCCAUCGUGCUAGCGACUUUCCUCGAAUGCCGUCCGAUUGAACUGUACUGGCAGGUAGAUCCUGAUCCGGGAACAUGCGUGCGCGCCUACGUUCAACUACUUCUUCUAGGCGUCUCGAACAUCGUCAUCGAUCUACUGGUACUUUUCAUCGCGUAUCCUCUGAUCUGCCUGAGGAAGCGAAGCUGGUCGGAAUAUAUCUCCUUGUACACCCUCUUCGCGCUAGGCACCUUCUGCAUCGUCGUCACCAUAAUCCGCGUCGUCCUAAUCUUCAACGAGAAUUCUUCGCAGACAACGCGCAGUCUUUGGGCAUCGGUGCAGAUGUUCGUCUCGUGCUUCGUGGCGAACGCGCCGACUAUUUACGGCUCUCUGCGCGUUGCGCGACGCAAGAGAUCUGGCCAUCGGAGCGCGGCGGAUUAUGCGAGCGGAGAGCCGCUGAGUCGGCCAUCGCGUUUCGAGGGCGAAUCUUGGAUUAAGAUGGAUGAGGAACUUGCUUCGAAAUCGACAGCGCCUGGGGCGCGGGAUAGUCUCGUGUCUCCUCCCCCUCCUGCAGUAAUCUCCCACGACGACGAUAUUAUUCCCGCAUCGCGCUCUCGCUCUUCGUCUCUUAUUUUCGACGCGAGAUAAAUGGAUUCCGAAGAGCUAGAUAUGUCACACAGGACAUCAGUCUCUGUUUGAAAUAUCGACAAGUUGAUAGGUAAAGAUUGUGACGACAAGAACCGUGCUUUUUUGGUGUAAUCAUUGGGAGCUAUUUGAAAAGCACGGAUUCACGCGUACGGCCGAUCAUUCCGGUUCCCUGGUAGCCACCUGUGCGACAUCGAAUCUGAGCCAACCCUGUCACGAAGGGGUGGGUUAGGGUUGGGGAUAAUCAACUCUUGGUCUCCAGCAUCGAAUUGUUAAGGGGAUAAAAGAGAACAAAGCACUACACUAACACUACUUGUCUAUUGGCAAUUAUAUCGAUUAAUCAUCCUACUCAGGGUCCGACUGGUUCGUCCCAUCCAUCAUUACUGACAAGAUCAACAACAAUUGCGAGUAAUCUCGAUUACUACAACACCUAAUUUCUAUAUUACAUUAUUACAACACAGCACAUACAAAUAUCUGGCAACGAAUCAUUACAUAAACCUAUGGAAUAUGGCACACAGUAUCGAUAGAACGUGCCAUACGGCCUCAUGGCCUGGUUUUCCCUUUGGAGGCGGCGACAUUGUUUUUACGAGAUACCCUGGGAUUUUGGUAGCGCAUGAGGAUUGAAAAGGUAUCUGGAGGCAUGAAGGAAGGGAGGGUGGCACUGAGAACUUGGAAAAUA